AUGCACAGAAUUAACACAUUUGCCGACACCGAGCAUUCAAUUUCACCCCAACCAUUUGGUAGCGGUAAUAGAAGUCUAUUAGUGAUUCCAACGGAAAAUCAAAGUCAAAAUUCGGAUGAUUAUCCUCUUGACGAUAUUAACAACGAUAUUCGACGACGUGCUAGUCCAACUCCCCUCCGUAGCUUAAAUCGUAUAUCAUUCAGGAAUGAAACGAUACUCUCAAAGCCAAGUCACAUUAUUACACACGGUGAAGAUUCCAUUCUCUCUUUGGCAUGCAGUAAACACUAUUUAUUCAGUGGCUCACAAAACCCCAACAUCAAGGUAUGGGACUUGAAAACCUUUCAGCAAAAAACCACGUUGAGAGGGCAUAUCGGGAGCGUGUUGUGCUUAACUUUGUCAGGAGAUCAGACAAUGCUAUUUAGUUCGUCUGGCGACGGAACGGUUCGGGUUUGGGACGCAUGGAUGUUGAAAUGCUUAUAUGUGAUCCAAUCUUCCCAUGAUAUCGGUGAUUUAUUCACCGUGGUGUAUUCUGAUUCUUUGGAAACGUUGUACAUCGGAUGUCAAAAUACCAGCAUUCAGACAUUUGAUCUGUCCACCAAAGAAGAAUGCAAAACGUCGCAACCAUGGAAUGCUUGUAAAAAUCCAAAGUUCUUUGAUACAAUGCCAACAUAUUCAGACGAUGCUUUCGAAGUUGUAGAGACAAAUGAACCAUUUUUCGAAAGAGAAUGUGAUGAUGUGGAACGAUAUUUAAUAGAUGAAAGCAGGAUCCAUUUAUAUUGCCAUAAUGGAUACAUUUAUGCCUUGGCGUUGGGCAAAAAUAAAGACGGCGAGAUUUUGAUAAGUGGAUCCGGUGAUGGUGAUGUAAAGGUUUGGUCAAUCAGAAAGGAUUCGAUGGAUCUCUUAAAGAUAUUGAAAGGUACCGAAGACUCUGGAAUUUUGACCUUGGCCUUGCACGAUGAAUUGAUCUUUUGCGGUGUGCAGAACGGUAAUAUCAAGAUCUAUGAUUUGGAUACGUAUCAGCACGUCCGAUCCCUUAUGGCGCAUGAUGAUGAUGUUUUGGCACUAGCGAUCCAUGAAAACUAUUUAUUCUCUGGAUCAGCAGACGGCACUAUUAAGAGGUGGAAUGAAAAGUUUGAGAUCUCGGACACGUCAAAGAGCCAAGGAACCAUAUUCGUGCUUAUCAUUGUUUCGCAAUUUGGUGAUUGUGAAUUAUCACCGAGUCAUGGUUUACGGCUGAUUAGUGGUGCCUCAGAUCGGCUGAUAAAGAUUUGGGAUUUGCCCGCACUAAUCAUAAACACAGAGGGAAAGUUCGAAGAGUUAACAACUGAUGUGAUGCUGUAUGCAUUGUCAAAGUGGAUUUCAUUGCAAACCGUCAGCGGGGAUCAAAAAUACUCCAGGGAGUGUUUUCGCGGUGCAAAAUACCUGAAUGACAUUUUCGAACAGCUGGGUGCAAGAUCUUCAUUGAUCAUAGGGAAACAAGAGCAAAAUUCGAUUGUACUUGGGAAAUUCUCGGGUAUAGAUGAUAAUGAAUCAUCGAAAUUGAAUAUCUUGGUUUAUGGCCACUACGACGUGAUUGGUGCUGAUGAAACAAAGUGGCGAUCAGACCCUUUUGAAAUGCUGAGCAAGGACGGUUAUAUUUAUGGAAGAGGAGUGACGGACAACAAAGGACCAAUGUUGGCAGCGAUAUUUGCUGCGAGCGAGCUGGUAAAAGAAAAAAAAUUGAAGGCGAACGUAACAUUUUUGAUUGAGGGCGAAGAGGAGAAUGGCAGUGUUGGUUUUUAUGAAGCGGUGGAAAACUCUAAGCAUUUAAUUGAAGACCCUGAUGUUAUAUUUGUUAGUAAUUCUUACUGGCUGGAUGACGAAACCCCAUGUUUGAUUUAUGGUUUGCGUGGAGUUAUCUCGGGUCCACGAAAUGAUUUGCACUCUGGUGUGCAAGGUGGGGCCGUAUCAGAACCACUGAUCGACAUGGUCAAAGUACUCUCCAAGCUUGUUUCAGACGACAAUCGCAUUCAAAUACCGAAAUUUUACGAUAAAGUAAGACCUGUCACCCCCUCCGAGGAAAAAUUGUAUGAUUCUAUAUUAAAUUCAAGGCUAAGAUUUCACAAAAACCAUUCCCAAGAGAUGGAUGAAUCCCAAAGUUUUCAAACUCGUGAAACAUUGAUGUCACGGUGGAGAUAUCCAUCGCUGACAAUCCAUAAAAUUAACGUCAGCG